CAUCGCUUUGCAAGGAUAACAUGUGAUACUGUACAUUUAAUAAAUGAGUGGAGAUGAAUGAAUGGAUAAUGGAUGGAUGGUAGUAUAUCUCUUUUGGGAUGAAGACCUCAUGAAUGACCGCACCAGGAGAGAUUUUGAAAUUUUAGCGGGGUUAGUUUCAAGGGUUUCAAAUGUUGGCGCCAGCCGCUCCCAUUCCCGCGCUUUCGUUCGUCUCUCCUGGGUAGAAGUACCAAAGCCCAAAACCUGCCAUCAUUCAGUGCUGUUUCUGGUGUGGUGUUUCUGUGCCUCGUCGUAUCUUGUGUUGCUCUUGUUGGUCUGGUGUUUCAGUGUGGAUUUCUGUGGUCUAUCACGUGUAGGAAGAACUUUGUGUAGCCAUGUCGGGGCGUGGUAAGGGCGGAAAGGGCCUAGGCAAGGGGGGUGCCAAGCGCCAUCGCAAGGUCCUACGAGAUAACAUCCAGGGGAUCACCAAGCCCGCCAUUCGUCGUCUCGCUCGUCGAGGUGGAGUGAAGCGUAUCAGUGGUUUGAUUUAUGAGGAGACUCGUGGUGUCCUGAAAAUUUUCCUGGAGAACGUAAUUCGUGACGCUGUGACUUACACUGAGCACGCCAGACGUAAGACUGUCACGGCCAUGGAUGUGGUGUACGCCCUCAAACGGCAGGGAAGGACCCUAUACGGUUUUGGAGGCUGAUUUUCGGCGUAUGUUGCGUCCUUUUUGAAUGUAAUGGUGUUCUUUAACACCACCGUUCGACUGAGGUUUUUCAACAUCUGGUGAUGCUGGGUAUCUUGUGCACAUUUUUGAGUUAUGCUUGUGGGUACUUUGUCGAGACGCUAACAUGUUAGAAAGUUAUAACCGACAGUAUCCGUUGUGAUUCGAACGGUGGUGUCAGAUGUGCUCAAUCAGGUAUCGAAGGUGCGAGUUCCUCCACGCCACGGGUUUGAUCCACAAGGUUCUCAUCCCUGCGUCACGAUUGCGUCUCCACGUGACAGUCCUUAAUAGCCCUGUUAUGUACCUCACAACCACCUAAUUUGCCUGUGUAAAAUCUACUUUGUAGCUUGCAAUUUCAUGCGAAUUACAGGUAUGUUACGCGCUUCUGCAAAAUAAUGAUGAAAGCAGUGUUGAGAAAAAGAGAGCUUGGUUUUACUUCGGCUAUUUUAUGUAGCUUUGUUAAAAUACUAGGUAAAUGUAAUACGCCUGUUUAUUGCACGCUUCUGAUGAAAGUAACUUGGUGUUUACCGUUAGCAAUCCUAUCACAACUGUCCGGAUGAGUCGGUUGUACACAAAGAGCACUAUCACAUACUAUUUCAUACUGCACAUUAAAUUGGUCUCAAGUAAUCUUAAAACAAAUGAUAGAAGAUAGUGUACCCCAUAUAACCUUAGCAUGUCUCAGAUUUUCUGUGAUCACUUAAUUAAAUGUUACCUUGUUGAUGUGUAGGUGAGAAGAAAAUUAGUACUCUGGAAAUUUUCUGUCUAUGUUGAAUUGUCUCUUAAGAAAAUUUCAUUUACUUAUUAGGGAUGUUAUGUAAUAGGUACAUAUUCCUGGAUAAAGGGAACAUAUUUUUAGGACUUCUCCUUUUCAAUAAAUUCUGAAAUACUUAUGAAUGUUUAAAACUU